AUGUCUGCACGGAGACAGACUCCACCCGCCGCGGAGGCGAGGGUGGUCCUGCAACCCCUAAUAACUCAAGACAUGGAGGAACAGAGCCUCGAAAUGGAGAAAAGAAAAAGGACAGAGGAGGAAGAGAAGGAAGCGAAACAGAGAGAUUCGCGACCGCUAGACGAGAAAACCCGGCCCGUACCCGACAUUAGGGUACAGGCUGGCGAAAUAGAAAACAAGAUGCUAGCCUUCUGCCUUGAUCCCAACAAGAAGGUGAGCAAGGACCAAACCGCAAUAUUCAUGCGGUACAUCAAAGACAUGAGGGGGAUAGUGGAGGAACUCCUCCUCCAAAACAGUUAUCUGGCCGGUAAGCUAGAACAGAGUACCGGCACAGAAAAGAAAGAAGUUGAGAUUCUGAGCGCGGCGAAUAAGUCGCUGCAAGCCAGCAAACGGCUGGAGACAGCGGUAAAGAAAACCGCAAGGACAGAGCAAAAGGAGCCCUCCUACGCGGAGAAGGUAAAAAUGACCAGUAAUAAGGUCGGGCAGAGCGCCGUGAAACCACCGAAGAAUGUGAUCACCGCUGUAAAGAAGAUCAGCGGGAAUGGCCUAGUCGUGGAAACGACGAAACCGGAGGGAUUAAAAGCGUUCACGGAGAACGCGAAAUUGAAGGAGGCUGGCCUAAAAACCAGUACUCCGCAAAGGAGACAACCCCCGGUGAUAGUAUAUGAUCUACCGCGGAAUAUUCCGGAGAAGGAAAUAAUGGCCUGUAUGAAGAAGCAGAACCAGGACAGGCUGAAAGAUGAAGACGUGGAAGCCAUCAAGUUCUGCUUCAGGACUGGCCGCAAAGACUGUGAAGAAACCAACUGGGUCCGCGACUACAUCGCGGUUAGUCGCUGCUACAAGUGCCAGGGGUACGGGCAUGUGGCAAAAUACUGCCGCAUAAACUAUGAAAUCUGCGCGCACUGCGCGGAGAGCGGACACAACACGAAAAAGUGCAAAAAUAAGGAGAAGAACGCCAGCUGCGUGAACUGCAGGAAGGCAGGAAAGAAGGGCGAUCACGCAGCCUCCAACGCGAACUGCUUUAUGUACAAGAAGGCGUUGGAAAUAGCCGUUUCAAGAAUGAAAUAUGAAUUGGGCGAUAAACAAUGA